GCUGCUUUGUAAACACAGCAGCAGUCGAUGUGCGGUGCGAUAAUUUUUCCAUGCGCCUUUCGAGUACGGUCGUCACUUUUUUGUUUUCGUUCUAUUUUAAAUAAUUUGAAACAAUGAUGAUGAACGGUUUGAGGCUGACUGGCUCGUCGAUCGCGGCCAAGAGUCUUGGGGGCAACAUCGUCGUCGUCGCGUCGAGGCAAGUGCGAAGCAACGCGGCCGUGCUGGAGAGGUGCACAGAGAUCAGAAAUAGGAAUCCGAGAAAUUUGGAGUUAAUGACGAUCGCCCGCAAGCCACAGGGUUAUCAUCUCGAUAAGAAGGGACACGAGUUCUGGAACAAAUUAUUCGUCAGGGUUUCUGCUAGGCACUUCGACGCCGAGAUUGUUCACUAUAAACAUGGUCCGACCAUAACGGUGUCGACGAGAGAUUGGGCCUUGAAAAAGCAGCUUUACAAAACAAAUGACAUUUCUGCCUAUUCGAAUGUUGGGAGAAUGUUGGCGCAGAAAUGCCUGGAAGCUGGAAUCACAUCGGUUUACUGCGACAUCGAUGAAAACUCGAGCCAAAAGUUUGCAGCUUUCAUUGAUGAAAUGAGGAAAGGUGGUGUAGCGUUGGAAGAACCACCACAAUACACACACGCGUAUCCAUGGGACGCCAAGAGGAUGGUGAAACCAUGGACUCUCGAGAAUUAGUUGUAACUGUUUUUUUUAGAGUUUUUGUUAAUUAGUGUAAUAAUGUUACGUGG